AUGUCGCUCGGGACUCCCACAUACUUCAGGUUCCUAGAUCUACCCCUCGAGAUUCGUUUACGAAUCUACGAAUACGCUCUAACACAACUGGAGCGAAUACCGGCGUGCCAGUGUGCCAAUACAAUCAAGGAUCGGCCUUUCCUUGGUAACUGUGAAGCGGUUCCCGACCUGCGCCACUUCAUCCUUGAUAUACCAUACGCUCUGCGUGCUAAUCGACAGACAUAUAUGGAGAGCAAAGCCGUGGCUCUUUCCAAAGAGGGGAGCACGCCUUACAUGUUAGUGGGCGGCACCAAGUGCCUGACAACAUUUCUCAAAUAUCUGCCUGCUCAACAUCCCAGCCAUAUCAAGGUCACCAUGCGCACCACGGUCCAAUCGAGCUGGUUGCAGGACAAGCCAGAAACACUCCAUGUGCUGAACGCAUGUAAUAGCCUGAUUGGUACAUUGGGGAUUGAGUCCGCCAAGUCCUACAUCGUUACCACCACGGCAGUACGUCGGCGACCUGCUGCACUCACCGACGCCCUGGCGCUGAUCGAAGUUGACCUUGGAUUGACGAUGGGGUAUAAGCCUUGCGGCUGGCUGGGCCUUUAA